GAGACUACCUUACACUUAUUCUGUCUCUGGCUUUCCAUCGGUCGCUUUCCACUCGCUUUUCCUCUCCGAACCAGCCAAUAUUUACGCAAGUGCAUUUCCUUCGCGUCGCGAGUUUUCCUCGUUUGUUUACCUCCGCUUAUCGCUGUGUGUGUGAAUUUGGAUCUUAUGAAUGCAACUGUGUUUGUUAGCCACCGGCUAAAAUUCGAAAUUUGAAUUUUUAUUUUGGAGACUGUUAAAGUGCAAUUGCAAAAUUGGAAGCGACACAUUUUUGCGGCAUUGCUAAAUUGCUGGACAGAUUGCUAAACUCAAAUGCUGAAGAGGCGUCACAAAAUUGUUCUUUGUUAAAAAAGUUGCCGCUGUCUCCAAAGAGUUGGCGAGUGGAGACUGCGCUCAGCGCCAAUGCCGCUCUCCCACACCGAGAGAGAGAGGGAGAGAGAGCGGCCGCGACAGAGAGCGAAUGGGGAGUAAAACCCAGUGGCGCCGCGACUUCAGUUCGAAUUCUCCACUCGGCCCGUUCGGUUCGAAUUUCGCAGCGUGAGUGAGUGAGUACUCACUGAGUACCCUGAACGAGUACUGAGUAGUGAGUGAGUUAGUGCGCAGGCGUCGCGUUCGAGAUGCUGGGAUAAUAACGUCGAUGAUGUGAAAAGUUCAUUCCCCAAAAAGCCACAAAGUCCGGUCUUAGAAAAAGUGUGCAAAAAUAAAAUGUAGCCAGGCCAAGAGCAAAACAACAACAAAAAAGAGAUAAAACUCUGCAAAUACGGGUUUCGUUCUUAUCGCGUUCUCCUCGGUUUUUGUGUGUGUUUUUUUUUGCUACCCAAGUGCUUGACCAUUAAAAGAACCUUUUACACACACACACACAAACACACACACAGUGCCAGAUCCUUAAGCCCCAACUUGGCGUUAUUUUUAGACGGUUAACAAAAAAUCUGGGAAAGCCAGGCGAAGGCAGCCAAGAAACGAAGAGACCGAGAAACCCGCCAGCAGAAAGGCAACAGAAAUGGGCACCAAGUCACCCGGUGGUCCACAGCGCUGCCGUCUGAUCUUGCAGCGCUGCCUGGCCAUUCAGCUGACCAAGCCCGGCCACACGCCCGAGGACUUUUGGAUGUACGACUCGGGAUAUAUGAUAUUUCAGAACUUCCUGGCUGCUAAUGCGCAAUGCUGGUGGAAUGGACCAUUGACUGCUGCCACAAGAGCCCUGAAAUACGCAGGACAUGUGGCACCUGGAAUGCUGCUGGUUACGGCUGAACCCUGUGCACUGGAGGUCCUGCGAGGAGCCUUCGCCCGGAGUGUCCUGAAACCGCCAGCCACCUAUGUGAUCAGUUCAGUGGGUGACAUUGACGAUUGCAUUGUGACGCCGACGGUUCAGGGACAGUUCACGCCGCUGCCAGAGGCGCUCUGCGAUGUGAUCAUGGACCUCACCGCCGAGGGUCAGUCGGCCACCAUCGAGCAUGUGCGCGGCAAGCUGGGCGCCCGCUUUCCCCACAUGACCACGCCCGCCACCGAGGUCAUCUACGACUCCCUGGCCCAGCUGAUGCAGGAGCAGAAGAUCUACCAGACCUCCAAGGGGUACUUCAUCUUCACGCCAGAACGCCGACGAAGUCGAUCGAGGCCGCGCAGCAACCACCACCAGCUGAAUGGGAGCCUGGCCUACGGCCACUUGGCGGAGGAGGAGCAGCAGCACGGGGACGAUGUGGUUCCGCAGGAGGCUCGCACCAUGCUGAUGUCCAAUUCCGAGGCGUUGCACUCGCUCUACGGCGAGAUAUCGACGGAGCGGGACGGCGACCUCACCCACCAGUGCAUCCAAACGAAUCUGGCGGAUGUGAUCUGCGGCGGCAAUCCCAAUGACAAGAUCAUCUAUCCAAGGGCGGCGAAGCGACGCAGUGCCUCGUUUCCGACGCCGCGCAGCUUGGAACGGCGGCACAGUUUGCGGCUCUUUGGCUCGUCGAAGCGCCUGCAACGCUGCGCAUCCACGCGAAGUCUGUCCAAGACCUACGCCCAAACGCUCAACACCACGGACAGCAGCAGCUCGGAAUACCAAAGCACAGAUUCGUCAUCACCCAAAAAAGGAUCUUUGCUCUCACGCCUUUUCCGACGCAGCGGUCGAGCCAAGCAGCGACAGAUUGAGACCUAUUCGGCCCAGUUCCCGCCAGCCGAGUGGUUCAACACCAGAGCCGUUCACCUGCACAGCGUGGGCACCCAGACGGCCGAGCACGACAUGCCGGUGGCCCACACGCUGUCCAACUCGACGUUCUACGACGGCUCGGAGCUGAGCCAGCGCUCCUCGACGCUGCCCCGUCGCCAUCGACGCCACAUGUCCAGCGAGUCGACGUUUCUGAUUUCCUCCAGGGACUGCUCGCCGAUCCGCCGCCGAUCGCCGGUGUACUGCAGCAGUUCGCUACCUCGUUCCACGCAGUCAAUUCCAGCAACCACGGCCAAGACGAAUCACUCGUCGCGCUUGGUUCACGGCUCGGUGACGCCAACGCCGCCGAAAACAGCCCAGAAAUCGGUGAUCGGGAAGCACAUCUUCGAGAGCUCGCCAUCGCGAUCCGCCACACUGAAAGCGACGGCGGCCAAGCGCCACACGGACGGACUGGUGAUCAACAGCUGUCUGGACAACAAGGCCACGUACCGGAGCCUGCAGAGCAGCGGUCCCUCGAGCCUGGAGUCCUGCAAGACCUCGAUGCUCGCCAGUGGCCCGUCGAGCAUCGACAGCGGCAAGGUGUCCUUCAGCCAGAAGACCAGUGGCCACUCUAGUCUGGACUCGCAGUGCUCCACGAACACGGCGGUGAUAGCACCCAAUCCGAGCAGCAACAACGGCAGUGCUCGAUCGAUCCUCCUGCUGAACGGUUCUCCAAGGGGGACACCACGUCACCAGGCGAUGCGGGCACGAGUUGCCGAGGCACAGGCGCAAAGGCAAAGGGCCAGCACACCCAGUCGCAUCCUCGAGGAGAUGGUCUAUCCCGCGGGCAGCAGCAACGGUGUGCCCACCUCGAGCAGCAAUAAUUCCAUCACUCUGCAGGUGACCACCUCGAAUGGCAACCAGAGCAUCCCCAGCACCAAGAUCUUUGUGCAGAACUCACCCGUGAGGAGUGUUAUUACCCUGGAAAAUGGGAAAAUGCUGGAGAACUCCAAUGUGUUCAUUAUCAACAACGAGACGAUGACGAACGAGAAGGGCGAGAUCAUCAAGAAGACGUUGUCCAAACAGACUUCCGCUGCUCCGGUGGCCACUUCCACGCCCGUCAAGCCGGAAACUUUUUCCGAGCAGCCGCUCAGCGAAACGGAGGCGAAUUCCGAGACCUGCGACUCCAUAUCCUUCAUCAGCGAGAGUUCUCCGGAAAACACGUGUGCCGCGGAGGUGGAAACCCCGAUUUACGAUGGGGGAAAGUACGCCAAGAACACGAACAACGAUGCCACCAUGAACAACAGCCGGAAACUGUGCCUCCAGUUGGCCAAUGGGAUUGCUUACAAAAAUAAUGUGCUAAAGAACGAGUCACAGCCAAAUUCUCCCAGUGCAGAUCCCCCAUUAAAACUGGCGGCGCUGGCCAAGCAGGAUUUUGAGAUCGCCGGCUCGGUGGGCAAUCUGCAUUUUUACGAGAAGAACUCGAAGGAUGUGGGUGCCUCGCAGAGCAACAACAUGAUGAUGAACAGCAGUACCGACCUCAAGAAUCUGUGCUACGAGUCCGUUUGCCAGUUGCAAAAGUGCUCGAUGAACGGCGAUGAACUGGCGCUGGCACAUCUGCUCCACAAGUCCAGCAAUCCACUGGGCAGUGAACCCAAUUUGGCGUUGAAAGAUCUGGCGAAUGAUAAGUCCAUUGAUAAGGAGGCCAUCGACAGGCGGCUGAGCUUGACCAAGGAGUCUUUGGAGCAGGGAAUGGGUAGCGUUCUGGCGAAUGGCGGCGAGGAGCUGUACAACUUUCCCAGCCUGACCGACUUGUCCUUCAACUUUACAUCGCUGGCGGCGAGGAAGAUCCUGCAGGGUGUCAGUCUGAACAGCAUCGAUACCCUGGUGGAACUCAACAUGGCAGCGGCGGCGGCGGCGGCAGCGGCGGCCAACAAUGCGCAGGAAAAGCAGCAGAACAACCAGCCGGCGACAGCAGGACCAACUGCAUCCGUUUGCACCGACUUUGGCAUGGUCUAAACCAAACCUGCCUGGUCUACAAAGGCAUCGCCUCCUACCCGACAGAGAUCAGCACUGUGGGUUUCCCGGAGCCGCUUGGCCUCUUAGCUUAAUCGAACGAGUAAAAAUUGUAGGGUCUAGAUAGGAGUUAACUCCGCAUUUGGCAAACAAGCAAAAGCAAGCAAUCUUGUGUAAUUUAUUACGAUUUGAUUUCCCAUUCGAUAGCAGCAAUUUGUAUGUAUUUGUUUUAGGGUUUUUUCGUCGGAAGCAAACUUUUAUUUACAGUGCCAAAAUACUUUUAGAUUAAUUUUAAUGCUUAUUAUUUGAUAUGCCAGUUCGUAUUUUUUGCUUUCUACCACAGAGACACCGCCAAGCGGCUUCUGUUUAAGCAAUUUAAGCAAUCCGAUUUAUGUAAAAAUCCACAAAAAAAAAAAAGAUACUAUGUGUUACCCUUACUUUUGUGUACAUUAUUCUAAGUAAUUGUUUAUACUAACAACGCCCAAAUGCAAUCCUAUCUAUACAGACGUGAGCCGUAAGAGAACAGAGAUAAACUACGAACAUAGAAUUUAGCACAUAAAAACAGAAAUACAAUAAUUUUGUACAAGGCCUUAAUUAGUAAAGUCAGCAAUAAUACAAAAUAAGUUCAAUCACUAAUAAAAAGCAAUAAAAACGAUAUAAACGAAA